GCUGGUGAGUGGUGCCGGUGACAUCAAGCUGACCAAAGAUGGCAACGUGCUGCUUCAUGAGAUGCAAAUCCAACACCCGACAGCUGCGAUGAUCGCAAAAGCAACCACGGCCCAGGAUGAUGUGACUGGCGAUGGCACCACCUCUACUGUGCUCUUUAUCGGAGAGCUGCUCAAGCAGGCCGAUCUGUAUGUCUCCGAGGGUGUGCAUCCGCGUCUUAUUACGGAAGGAUUCGAACAUGCGAGCGCGAAAACUCUUGAACUGCUCGAGAGUUUCAAGCAGUCACCGUCAAUUAAUCGCGAACUGCUCUGUGAGGUGGCACGCACCUCACUGCGCACGAAACUUAGUGAAAAAUUGGCCGAUCACAUUACGGAGUGUGUGGUGGAUGCAGUGCUUGCGAUAAGAGUGGGGGAUGAGCUCCGUCCAGACUUGCACAUGAUCGAACUGCAGGAAAUGCAGCAUGAAAGUGACAUGGAUACAAGAUUGGUCCGCGGUUUGGUGCUCGAUCACGGUGGCCGCCAUCCCGAUAUGCCGAAAACUCUUCGGAAUGCCUACAUCUUGACAUGCAGCGUGUCGCUGGAGUAUGAGAAGACUGAAGUGAAUUCUGGCUUCUUUUACAAGUCCGCUGCUGAACGCGAACGACUCGUUAGUUCCGAGAGAGAGUUCAUUAUGCGACGAGUUCAGAAGAUUGUCGAUUUAAAGAAGAAAGUUUGCGAUGAUGCAGAAAAAAUGGAUGGGAAAAAGCGUGGUUUUGUGGUCAUCAAUCAAAAGGUUUGAUU